AUUUUAAUUAAGCUUUAAUAGUUUAAAGAAUCAUUUGUUAGAUACUUACCAAAUUGAAAUCUACAGUUGCUGAAUUCACAUUUAAAUUCUAGAUGAAUGCAUGUACCAAUUUUCUGUGGAAGGUAAGUUGUGCUUCUGACACACUGCAGAGUCAAUAAUAGAGGAUUAUCCCCAACUCAGCUCUACCACUCUAUAAUAUUAGUAAAUAUUGAAAGUAAAUAGUAAAGAUUUAAAGCGGCAUUCCUGGAAUACACAACCAUAUCAGAAUCUUAUUAGUAGUCAAAAGACGUGUAUCCAAAUGUGUAUUUUAUAACUGCUUAUUAAGAUGGCAGCUGAUUUGAGUGAUGUAAAGGAAGAAAUAGGAAGAAAUGAUUUUAUGGGAGCAAAGAUAGUGUUCAUGGAUUAAUGUAUUUCUUUUGAGGUGGCUCCAAAUAAGAUUUAGCACCUCAGUAGGAAACUUUUUGGGGUGGGGAUUUUUAUUUUUUCUUAAGAAAGGAGGAGUUAUCUUUGCUCCACUACUCUGAGUUGAUUUGAAAGAGACGAAAUCGUGUGCAUCGGGAAUGAACAAACCAAUGCCAGAUGUGAGGAUCACACUCUAAAGCCUAUAGGACAUAGGUGCCAGGAGAGGCAGUGCACAGCUGUAGGGCUGCAGCUGAGCAGUGUGGUCUGCAACUGUCACUUGGUCUGUUUUAUCUGCAUGGGCAAAGAAGGGUUAUUUUUUACAUUAAUAGUUCACCCUGGUUUGUAUAUUAAUAAUGCAGUCUUUGCUGGGGUAUUUUUUUUUAAGAUGCAUGUAAUAUGCUUGCUUUAAAAAAGAUAACUGCUAUGUUAGCCUGCAUCUAGAUAAGCAUGACACUGUUUUUUAUUAUAUUACAUUAAGAUCUGUUCUAUGCUUAGAUUUUUUAAUAUCUGUUGGUAAUGGUUUUUAUGUUUUUAUUAACAUAAUUGCAACAGUUUAAUUGUUAAUGUGGAGGUAUGCCUGCUCAUAUAAAUAAAUAUGUUGCUACAAAUAUAUGUUUCCUAAUAAUAGUUUAAGUGAUGGAGAUUGGAAUAAGAGGUACUGAUCUAAGGAUAGUGUAAUGUAAAUGUCUGCACAUGUAUUGGAAGAAAAAUAACUGCUGGUUGUGAUAAAUAAGUUUUUAAAAGAAGACUCCUCUACCUUCGGUACAUGUAGAAUGUUUGUUUUGACUCACCUGACACAUUUUGGGAAGAAUGUCUUUGCUUUCCUAGUCAAGAUGGCCUUUUGAGCUUCCAGGAAGUAUUCGGUAUAAAAGCUGAAUACGUGUUCUAGAUUUGAGACAGACAUUCUUAGAGAGGGUGUAACUAUUACAUAUCAACUUGAGGGCCCUAUGCCUCUAGGAGAAAAUUUCAUUGUGCAGAGAUUCCCUGUAGCAAGCUGAUCUUGAAAGGCAAACAUGAGGCUCAAAUUUAGUGCCUCACUCUCGUUUCACAUUAGUGCUUUUGAAUGUGUAUGAUGGUUGAUGAUUUUGAGUAAGAGUGGAAUAAUACCAUUUUCUUUUGCACUGAGUCACUUUCUGGUACCACCAUUUGAAUCCUUACCUUUUCUUUUUAAGGUGGCAUAAGAGAUUGUUUGGGUGAAAACUGAUACUGGCUGUUGGAUUCUAAACCAACUCUUGACUCUUUGAACGUACCACACCUGCAGGUUCUUGACUGUCCAGAUCAUGUGGCGAGAUGUUUCAUUUAAGAUCUCAAGUAGUAUCUAAAACAGUUUAUGAGAAAUAGAAAUUAAGUAGCUAUGUAUGCUGCCCAUCCACUGUUCCUUUAGUAACAGCUGAUCCAUGAAGAAGUGUAGGUCAGGGUGUGCUCUUGAGCCUGGCUUCACUGUUUGAUGUUUCUUCUAUAACCCAAGCUCAAGCUCCUCUUUCUUUAAAGCCUCAGCUUUCUGGCCUUCUUUCUUUCACCCCUUUUUACCUCUUCUCUGUAUUGAUUUCUGAUGUGACUCUGGAUUUGGGAGCUUUUUGCUUGAGCUGCAGCUCGGACAAAGAAGUUGUUAGUGAUGCAGGUUCAUAGCAGCAACAGUAAGGGGGCAAAAUGUCUUCCAAAAUCUAAGUAGGCAAAAUAAUUGUCUUAAAAUGCUUUUUUACCCCUAAAAAGUCAAACUUAAGUCUGUGAUUUUUUUUUUUUUGUCUGUGUUGUUUUGUUUCCCCAUUCCUGCUGCUGCUGCUAUGAAGCCUUUUGAAUAUCGAAGGUUCCUGAGUCAAACUGAAGACAGCAGUAGCUGAGGUGGAUUAACGCUGGAGUGUAGUCAGGGAUUGGAACACUUGGGAGCUAUGCUUAGACAGAAAGGGAAAGAGUUUUGCAGUUAGUGUACACACCCACCAGAUGGAGCUUCUGGCACCAGUGGAACAUUCCAGAAAUCGAGCAAGAAUGUGAAGUGUGUGAAUGACUUAGAAGAUCCCUGUCUGCUGGACUGCAGAAGAUUUUUUUUUUUUUUUAACCUUUAAAUAAAAAAUGGAUGGAGAGUAAGACACAUCAGCCUUACUGAUUUCUUUCACUAGAACUGUGUUCUAUAUAAUCUUUUCCUCUGAUGGGAAGUUGGGAGUUCUUAGUGCAAGAGUCACCAAGCUGAAGCUAGAGAGGAAGCUCCAAAAGAAGAGAUAAGAGUUACAUAAGCCCUUGGUGAAAAUUGCAUAAAACCACUGAAACAGCAUGUUAAGGAGAUGUGGGUGCACAGCUCUCUGAAAACUAGGCCAGAAAUCCUUAAAUAAGGAGGAAAGAGAAGAGUCCAAAAGAAGGAGGAGAAAAUGCAUAAUAUAAGCCAGUGAUAGUCGUUGGGAGUAGACUAUUGACGCAGUGCAGGGAGGGGAGGUAUUUAAUUGCAACUCUUACCUUUUCAAGGAAGUUUCUGGUGGUUUUCAGUUCUUCCAGCUUUUCUGUUCUCUCUGAUGUUUCUGCUCCUGGUAUUUUUUAUUUUCUCGCUUUUCCCUGAGAUACCUUUUUGAUUCCUGACUCUCACUCUUCCUUGCUUAGCUGUCCUGGAACUGUCGGAUCUCAGUGUCCCAGGCACACCUUGCUGCAGGAACAGGCUAUCGCUGUCCUCAUGUGAAAAUAGAAUAUUAUGCCAUCAUACUAUAUAGCAGCAUUUAACCUGCAUAUGUAAGGAGGCUGCUUUUCUAUUGCUGUGGGAACAAUAGGUUAAUUUUGUUGCAUAUUUUCCUUGGAUCUUAAGAGAUUUCACUCAAAUGUUACACUAACAGCUGCCUUUCCGAAUUUGUUUCAUGGCUCUUUAGUGCAUGCUAUUAAAUGUAGUUAUCUGGGUAUAUUGUUAAAACUAGACCUUACAUUAAAUGCAGUUGCAAUAGGGAGAUAAAAAACACAGUAUCAAGAAACUCCAGAGUCUUGUUUCAUUUUGUCCAGGCACAUACUGCUGCUGUCAGCGCUAAUACAUGCUACCUCAUUCCACUGUUAUAUGUAAACGAAGAACUUAUUCAACUCAAAAUACUAGCAAAAAAAAGGGCCAAAAUAAAAUAAUUUUGGAUUACUUAUUAUCAGACAAAUGCCAAAUGCUUGCUGAUUCUCAUCAGAAACACAAUGCAGGGAAAUGAUAGUCAGUCUUUGGGAGGCCCAGUGUGGGAUGAAGUACUUCCCUGGACUCAGUGUGUGUAUUUUCGGACUGAUACAGUAAUUGUCACUGAUCUGAUCUCAAGGCUGAUCGGUCCUCAUCCAGAAGUGUGCUUUCUUUAAUCAGGAUUCAGUGGGAGGGAGGUAAUUUGGGCUUGCUAAGAGAUACAGGGGAACAAAGUCUACUUUCUAGUUAGAAAAUAAUCCAAUAUGAAACAAAAUAACCCAUCAUCUGUACCUGUUUGAAAAUAUGGCUAGUGAUCUUGUUAAAACAUAUGCAGUAUUCAGUUUUGCCUCAAUGUGAAGUAUUUUAAACAUUUUGUCUUUUUAAAUUUCUUGGAACAUUUUAGUGCCUUCAGCUGGAACCACAGUUGCUGAAGAAAAAGAAUCUACUUUAAGCUGUGGAUGUUUGGUCUGAAUAAUCAAUGGAGAUGAAUCUAACAAUUUUAAACAGUAAAACCCCUUGGAAAAGCAAUUUUAAAUGACUCCAUAAAUUUUGCUUUUAUAAACUUUAGAUUUGGUUGUUCUGGACUUCAUGGUACUAAUGUUAUAUCUGGUGUUUCCAGUCUGUGCAAGACUUUCUGUCCAUGGGUGAUGUGAGUUGAAGAGGUAUCAGUCUUCAUACAGAAGCAUAAUCGUUUACAUGCUAUUACUUUAAAGUUUGCUCCUACUAGCAGCAUUGUAACUGAGAAUUUUAGUCUGAAUGCUUCGCAAAUGGAUGUAUGUCCCUAGGGCUGUCGCUGAGGGCCACAUCACCUGUUUGAUCUCCCCAUAGUCUUGUAAUUUAAGGUGGGACUGUCUUUAUAUGGGAAACUUCUAGGAACUAUUACCUGUAUAAAAUACUGCUGUCAUGUUCUACUAAGUGUAAACACCCCCUCUGUACAGGGUGCAGCUGUGCUGCUAGUAGGAAUAGCUGAGAUGAGGUGUAAACCGAGCUGCUAGGCGCUUCAGUCGAAAGGUUAUAUGAAGUGUGAAUAGGAGCAUUCCUCUGUAUCCUGCUGGAUUUCUGAAUUGGGUAACUUAAUUGACAUCUGAGCACUACAAUAUUUAUCAGGUAGCAUCACCCAGCAGAAUCUGUUGUUUAAGCCUCAGACCUGUCAAAAGAUCCUGCGGCACUGUUAACUUGCUGGAGUGCAAUCUACAGUAGCACCAUGUCAGUAAAGGUACUGUAAGUGUGGCUUAUAAUUAGCUUUGGAGUCCUUCACAAUGAAACGUACGUUAUAAAUGUAAGACUGCCCUUAUUACAUUUCUUAUCUCUUGUCUUUAACGCUUUGUUUUGUACAGCAGGAUAUGAUCCUUCUUCUAUGUCCGGGCUUUGGCCUCACACAGUAGGUGUAAUAUAAUCGCUGAGGUGGGCGUUCUGGAAGGAGAAUUAUUUUUGGAGGCUUUUGCAUGAAACUUGUCCAAUGAGUCUGAGACGCCCAAGCACCAUUAAUUUUGGAGGAGAAAGAUGGAGUAUUGCAUGCUGGGAACAAGUGCUUUCCAUAAGGUACAGCAGCAGCUCAUGAUGCCCCGUAAAGCUUUUCUUUCCCAGAAAGAAAAGCAGGCUCGUGCCAGGGAAAGGGAUAUGUUAAAAAAGAGGAGGAGGCGACAAGACUAUCUCAAAAGAAGCGUGGAGCCGCAGAAAAAUGCAGAAACAAUAAAAUGGCACAGGGAUGAUGAGAAGAGGAGAGAAAAUGAGCAAGUUAAGGACAAAGAUAUCAAGAAGCGGUGGAGACAGGAUGAGAGAGAACGACGAAAGAAUGUGGACGCUAUGAAUUGGCACAGGGAAGAUGAGAAGAGGGAGAAUGAGCGAGAAACUAUGUUCCAACUUCCUGUCAACAACCUUGGCAGUUUAAGAAAGGCCCGGAAAACUGUGAAAAAAAUUCUUAGUGACAUUGGUUUGGAAUACUGUAAAGAACAUAUAGAAGAUUUUAAGCAGUUUGAACCUAAUGACUUUUAUUUGAAAAACACUACAUGGGAAGAUGUAGGAUUGUGGGACCCAUCGCUUACGAAAAAUCAGGACUAUCGGACAAAGCCCUUUUGCUGCAGUGCAUGUCCAUUUUCCUCGAAGUUCUUUUCAGCGUACAAAAGCCACUUCCGGAAUGUUCAUAGUGAAGACUUUGAAAAUAGGAUUCUCCUUAAUUGUCCUUACUGUACUUUCAAUGCGGACAAAAAGACUUUGGAAACGCACAUUAAAAUAUUUCAUGCUCCAAAUGCCAAUACACCGAGUGGAGGCAUCAGCACUUUUAAAGAUAAAAACAAACAUGAUAGCCUUAAACCUAAGCAGGCUGACAGUGUAGAACAAGCUGUUUAUUACUGUAAGAAGUGCACUUACCGAGAUCCUCUGUAUGAAAUAGUUAGAAAGCACAUUUACAGGGAACAUUUUCAGCAUGUUGCUGCUCCUUACAUAGCGAAGGGAGGUGAGAAGUCACUCAAUGGUGCAGUUCCGUUAAGUUCCAGUACGCGAGAGGAGGGUAGUAUUCACUGCAAAAGAUGCCUUUUUAUGCCGAAAUCAUACGAAGCUUUAGUACAGCAUGUUAUCGAAGACCACGAACGUAUAGGAUAUCAGGUAACGGCAAUGAUAGGUCACACUAAUGUAGUGGUUCCAAGGUCUAAACCUUUGAUGCUAAUAGCUCCAAAACCACAGGAUAAAAAGCCUAUGGGACUCCCUCAAAGGAUGGGCGCCCUUUCCCCUGGAAGUGUUCGAUCUCUUUCAUCGCAACAGAUGAUGAACAGACUCACUAUACCAAAGCCUACAUUAAAUUCUGCAGGAGUGAAUAUGAUGUCAAACGUUCACCUACAACAAAACAAUUAUGGAGUCAAAUCAGUACCACCCAGUUAUGUUGGUCAGCCAGGGGGAAGGCUAAACUUAAGUGGUAAUUCACCAGUUUCUAUUUCACAACAGUCACAAACAAUGAAACAGUUUUCAGCAAGUGGAAAUGGAAGGCCUUAUACUCUUGGAGGGGAACAGAGGUCCCAGGCCUCGGCAAGAUACUCUCUUCAGCCUGCCAAUUCGUCUUCUCUUUCAUCAGCUCAGCUGAAACAGGCGUCAUUAUCUCAGUCACAGGCAGCUUCAAGGGUAUUAGGUCAGUCUGGCUCGAAGUCUCCUGUAGCCGCUACAGGUCCUUCCGCUGUCAAUACAUCAUCCACGCAGAAGUGGAAAAUCUGUACAAUCUGUAAUGAGCUGUUUCCUGAAAAUGUGUAUAGUGUCCACUUUGAAAAGGAGCACAAGGCUGAAAAGGUGCCUGCAGUUGCUAACUAUAUAAUGAAAAUACACAAUUUCACUAGCAAAUGUCUAUACUGUAAUCGCUAUUUACCCACUGAUACAUUGCUUAAUCAUAUGUUAAUACAUGGUCUGUCUUGUCCGUAUUGCCGUUCAACCUUCAAUGAUGUUGAAAAGAUGGCUGCUCAUAUGCGAAUGGUUCAUGUUGAUGAAGAAAUGGGACCUAAAACUGAUUCCACUCUAACCUUUGAUUUGACAUUGCAGCAGGGUAGUCACACAAAUAUUCAUCUUCUUGUAACCACCUACAACCUGAGGGAUGCUCCUGCUGAGUCUGUAGCUUACCAUGCUCAGAAUACUCCCCCAGUUCCUCCAAAACCACAGCCAAAAAUCCAGGAGAAGUCCGAUGUACCUGUAAAAAGUUCUCCACAAGCAGCAGUUCCCUACAAAAAAGAUGUGGGGAAAACUCUCUGUCCUCUGUGCUUUUCAAUCCUAAAAGGACCCAUCUCUGAUGCACUUGCACAUCAUCUACGGGAGAGGCAUCAAGUAAUUCAGACGGUUCAUCCAGUUGAGAAAAAGCUAACCUACAAAUGCAUUCAUUGCCUUGGUGUAUAUACAAGUAACAUGACUGCCUCAACUAUAACACUGCACCUUGUUCACUGCAGAGGUGUUGGGAAGACUCAGAACGGCCAAGACAAAGGUACUUCAUCGCGGCUAAGUCAGUCUCCAGCUGUAGCACCUGUAAAACGUACUUACGAACACAUGGAAUUCUCGCUAAUGAAGAAAAGGAAAAUGGACGAUGAUGACUCCCCCUCUGCCUUUGAGGAAAAGCCUGAAGAACCUGUAGUUCUAGCAUUGGACCCCAAGGGUCACGAAGAUGAUUCUUACGAAGCCAGGAAAACAUUUCUUACAAAAUAUUUUAAUAAACAACCAUAUCCCACUAGGAGAGAGAUUGAAAAGUUGGCUGCCAGUUUGUGGCUAUGGAAAUCUGAUAUCGCGUCUCAUUUUAGUAACAAAAGGAAGAAAUGUGUUAGAGAUUGUGAAAAAUACAAACCUGGUGUGCUGCUUGGAUUCAACAUGAAAGAGUUAAACAAGGUUAAACACGAAAUGGAUUUUGAUGCUGAAUGGCUGUUUGAAAACCACGAUGAAAAGAAUUCCAGAGUCAACGUUAGCAAGACUGUUGAUAAAAAAAUAACCUUAGAAAAAGACAAUGAAAGCUCUUCAGACAGCUAUGAAAAUAUAGAAGAGGAAUACAAUGAAAGCGGUAGCCCGUUUGGUCAGCGUAUUUCUGACACCGGUAGGAAAACCUCUUCUGAGAGCAUAGUGGAGAACCCAGAGGACAGCGUAUCCAAGGAAAUCGUUGAAGAAAAUGCAUUACAGUCUCCAGAGAAGACUGAUCAAAAAGAAGAGGAAAGCUCUAAAUACGAAGAGAUUGUUUCUGCCGAAGAACCAUCAAAACUGGUAGGUGAUGUUUCAGAUAGCGAAGGUGACCAGGAUGAUCAGGAUGAUGCCGCUGAAUGGAAAGAUGGAGCUUCACAGUCUGAAAGCGGGCCUGGUUCUCAGCAGAUUUCUGAUUUUGAAGAUAAUACAUCGGAAGUAAAACCAGAAGUGUGGACAGAUGAAUCCUCCCAAAGUGAAGAUGCUGGUAGCAGUAAACCAGCUGCGGAGACAAAAGGAGGUGGAUCUGAAAGUGAUGAAGAACAGUCAAAGUGGAAGAAUCGUUCCUAUGGAAAAGUAGAAGAGUUUUGGUCUAAGGACCAGUCGCAAUGGAAAAAUGCAUCAGAGAUUGAGGAGAGCUUGUCAAAUCAGCAGAUGGAAUGGCAGAAUAGCACAAUUGACAGUGAGGACGGAGAUCAGUUUGACAGUGUGACUGAUGGAGUAGCAGAACCAAUGCACAGCAGCUUAACUGGUGUGGAGCUGAGUAGCCAGCAAGCAUAAGAUGCUUGAUUCAGCGGUGGCAGUAAUAUGAUCCGAUCUACAACUGUCUAAACACUUUCAUUUCAAUAUGACUGCUAAGCUUAGAUUCUGACUGGUACUGCCUUUCGAGUGCUAGGUCAUGCCGUGUGGUGGUUGUGGCCACUCGUACUCCGGUGGUUAUUUAAGGAUGCUGUUGGCUAACCUUGCUUGAGAAUACCUGCUGGGAUGAGCAGAGUAACUUAAUGUGAAAACGGAUAAGCCGAAGGCUCCAGAAUGCACACAGAGAAAAGCAGAGGUUUGUUUUAUCUGCAUUUUCAACAUUCGUUUCACUCUUGUACAUGUUCAGUUGUAUGUCUUUUUAAACAUUACCCUUUUUCACAUGGUAGUGUAGGGCCGACCAUACAAGCUACCGGUUCAACGUGUAUAGUAGACUAUGGGGGAAUUGAUUUUUUUCAUGUAUCAUUCUGAAUAGUUGAAAUGUAUAUUUGUACAGUCUUUUAGACCUAUUCAAGUGACGCUUAUGAAAUUGUUCUUGUGUACCCAUCAUAGAUUUGUUUCUCUUUUUUAGUGUUGCCCUGCUGUGUAAUAAAUGCUGUAUCUAGUUUACCUAGCAAAAGCUUGAAACUGCUAUAGUAUGGAUUUUGACAAACUUAGUUUUUGCACAUAACCUUGUACAAUCUCAAAACAGAGGCCAGCAACAUAAAAAAAUAUAUCUGGACUCUAUUGUAUUAUAAAAUUUUCUUGUUCUGAAUAUCCUUGACAUUACAACCGAUGACAAACGUAUUUCAGAGCCAUUUUCUGAAAUCUUUUAAGCUAAAAAAGAAAAAUCACAUGCAAGAAACAAGUUUGCAGCUACUAAUUUUGACACCUUUUAGAUCUGUAUAAAAGUGUAUUGUGUUGAAGCAGCACGCUGAAACAAAGUGCUGUGUUUUGAAUAUUUAGUUUUAUCUUUAGUUAACACCAACAAGGUGUUGUAUUCAUUUAUACCAUCUAAUAUAUGACACACUGUUGUAGUAUGUAUAAUUUUGUGAUCUUUAUUUCCCUUUGUAUUCUUCAUUUAAGCAUCUAAAUAAAUUGCUGUAUUGUGCUUAAUGUAAAUAUUUGCUUUAUUACAUGCAAGUGCUACAUUCCUGUUUGGUAACUCCCACCUUGCUACAUUCAUUCCUUUUACCCCCCUGCCCCGUGCUGCACAGUUCUGCCGAGGCAUUUCUCUGCAGUCCUUUCUGACCGAAUGGACUGAUCUCCUUCAAGGAUAUUGGAAAUCCUAUGGAACUAACUUUGGCUGAAUUUUUCUUUACUGUUUAGCAUUUUAGAAGGCUAAUUUAUAAAUAGGAUUGUAGUGAUUUGCUUGUUCUGCAUCCUGGAGAAACAAGGUCUAUGGAUUAUUGGCAUUUGUCAUCCCUUUGUACUUACAUGAAUGGAGAUCACUUUCACAUAUUAAAAAGUUAUCUAGAACUGUGUCUCUCUCUGAAGCGCUACGUAUUCAGGGUAAACAGUAGUGAACGUGUUUGAAUACUUGCCGUUUAACCGUGAAGGAGCAUGCCUUGCAAGCUACAGACUUGUUUUGGCUUUGAAGAAAAAGUAAUUUGGAUAGUAAAAAAAAAAAAAAAGUCAGCUUGUUAAAAUUUGUGAUUGGUUUGGUCAGAGCUGCCCUGCGUUUGGGCGAGGGGCAGCGCAACAGCCAGCUGGCUAACCAGAACCUCAUCAGAUAAUUUACAGAAGGGAAUCUGAUUGUGAUGAGACCAAAACUAUUCUUAAAUAAAGCAGUGAGUGGAUUUAGACAUAUGUCUUGACAAGUUCCAAAGUACCUGCUUGUUGAGAGUUUACAGGAACUAAAUUGACCCAUGGUGGUUUUAUUCAUGUUGUAAAGGAGGGAACAGUUCUGCGCUCUUCGAUAUUUUAAACAGCAAAACCAUUUCACUGAGAUCUUGAGAAAACAUUUAGGUAUGUGGCAGUCUUGGGUAGGUACCAGCUGUACUUCCUGUUAGUAUAACAAACAAGACACUGUAUAAGCUAAAUAUGAGACUGUGUGUGUGCUCUCAUGUUCUGCAAUUAACGUGCUGCUGGCAUUCUUCAGAAUGAGCAUUUCUGGGCUUUGUUGAACUAAUUAUGUGUGUGAAGCAAUAACUGAAAACAGUAACCUUUAGCUGAAGAUGGUUUAGAUUUGCUUGUUCUUCCUUCCCCCCUUCUCAGCAGGGAUACAUACUUUCAUUCUGCCUUUUUAAGUGAGAGGAGAGGAAGUUGGACUGGCUCCCAGGGAUGCACUCAGGUGGUAGAAGACACAUUUUAAGAACAUUACAGGAAAAAUAGUUUUGACAUUUACAUCAGCAAAAGAGCUCCUUGUGUUUCUCUGCCUUAAAAGAAAACUUGAGUCUCCACUGCUUGUGUUAGCAGGCUUUCUGAACUAUUUAUUUGAGAAUAGCUUUUCAGCAAAUCAGGUGAGAGUUUGUUACCUACCACUUAGAGGUGUCUGUGGGGUGGUAACCUUUUCCCAACAAAACCAGGCACUAUUCCUUGCUAAGAAGAUUUGGUUCUCUGCUCUUCUCCCUCCGUAGGCUGUGCUGUUACACAGGAGGCUCCUGUCUGAAAACUUUAGAGAUGUCAGAAGUUGGGUCAUGUCAUUUCAUCGAGGCCUGAAGGGGCUUUACAAAUACAUCUUUUCAAAACUUAAAAAACGCAACAGUUUAAGGAGCUCUGUUAAACAAGGAAAUAAAACAUUGGGUAUCAUGUUAUGAAUCUGCAUUGUAUUCGUUUCAGUGUCUGCCAAGGCUUAUUUAAUAUUAGUGAGGGUGAUACUUACAAAUUCUGAGCUGUUUGUAGUCAGUGAAGAGGAGGACUAUGAAAUCUGACCUCUAGAAAUGUUUUGUUUGUUAGAAAAUUACAUAACAGAAAAUACAAUUUUGCAUAGUUAUUAAAUUACAGGUCUUGCACAAAAAUAGUCUGUCUUACCAGGAAUAUCGAGAAGGAUUGGGAGUGAUUGUUUCAAGUUUUGGCAUAAACUUUCUAGUGUUUCAAACAAGUUACUCUUCAAAUCUGGAUUUUAGCCUAGGCAAGAGUGGCUUUUUUGGUUUGAGGCUAACCACACAUAUUUGAGCAAGCCAAAAAGCAGAAGAGGUAAAUGGUACUAUUAAACUUGGAGGAACCUUAAACCCAGUUUGUGUAAUCUUAACAUAUCCCACCAUUGUAAUUUUAUGAGGUGGAACAGUUUAUGGAACUUCUCCAUAAGUUGUUCACUAAGAGAACUGUGGAACACGCCAGCUGUGCUUCCGCGGUAGCCGGGCUCAAGCUGACACUGCAAUUCUGCUGCGUUCAGUGGCAAACCCGGAAAACACUGGUCUGCCCAGGACACGGCCAGCACAACAGAGCAGAAGGACCGCUAGCGCUCUUCUCUAAGGAACACUGCUGCCAGUUUACUUGAAUUGAAGCAAAGCGGCCUUCUCCAUCACACAUGAAAUCUAAAGGCUGUAAGGCUCAGACCAGAGGAGGUGGGUGUUGGCACACGCAUUGUUAACGGACACAAAACGGUUGUGUCCAACAGAAGCUGGGGUGACCUGUGAUUAGACUUGGGCCAAAUACCUGAGAGUGACAAGGGCUGACCAAGGUUGUUAUUUUAUAUCACGCUUCGUUGCUAUGGGUGUUCAUUUAGGAUUGUAAUACCAGUGACUGAAGCAUUGCUCAUUGCACUGUCCUGUGCCUGAGGUAGAGUGGUUCAGGUCCACUUUUCUGUUCCUUUAGGACACCCCUCUCCCCCCUCGCUCCUCGAAGCACAGUUUCCCUCUGAACUAAGCAGUCACAUUCCAGCAGGACAGACAGACAGCCUGUGCUGAACUCCUAUUUUUCUAUCCUUUGCAUCAGACACCUCAGCAUUUCCUUCGGGUGUGGUGACUUAACCCUUUAUCUGCACUGGGAUUUCUACUCAAUCAAAACCAUUUUUAUAUAUAUCUGCAUUGAAGUUUCAGUUCACAAGCUCUUAAAUCGUUUAUUGAAAGUCCAAGUGACAUUUAAUCCUGCCAUCCUCUGUUUAGCAGUAACGCUUCUGUAGCAAGAACUGUAAUUAGUAUUUGACCCUUUGAUACGUAUUUUCAAGACAGAAACCUGAAUAUUCACCCAGUAUUUUUCUAGGAAAAUUCUCUCAUUCUUGCCAAGAAAUUUGUUGCAUUCAAAUACCACUGAUACAGGACAGGAAGCAGUAUACCAUUUAUAGUACAUCUAUUUCUUACACUGCUAUGGUACUAAAAGAAGUUUAUUUCAAUUUUUAUUGGAACCAAAAGAUUUCAGGAAUAUGUUAUGUGUACUGUCUCUUCAUUUCUGUUAAUAAAGAAGCUGAUAUUUGGAUAAACAGGUUGGUAUAACUAAGAGUAUUUUGUUCCUUUCAUAACGAAUUUGCCUCUAAUACCAGCUCAUUUGUAAUAAUCCAUUUCAAUAACCUGCAUUGCAGGGGCAGAGACAUUGAGUGUGUUAGUCAGUUUCUUUAUAUUUUAAUUCAACUUUAUCU